CAAUUUCCUUCUUAGCUCUUCAUUUUCAUUUUCUGUACAGAAAAUUUUUCCUUUCCUCCAAUAAAGUCUUUACUUGUUUUGAUUUUCAUUUUGGACGCAAUAAUUCCUUCCUUGUAAACCACAACCCAAUUGAAAAUGAAGGUGGCGAUGUGGAGGUGGAAAGAAUAUGGGGAAGAAGAAAGUGGAGGAGGAGAUUCAAAUGCGUGGUGGUGGUCGUGGAGGAGAUUAAGGUUGAAGAAGUGGGUGAGGAGGGAGCGAGACCAGGUGAGGGAGAAGAGGCCGAGGUGAGUGGGGGUGGCGACAAACCGGCCAGAUGGGGUGGCCCAAGGCCAAAGGGGGUGGCCAAAAUGGCCCUACGGCCACCUCCAAAAUUUUUAAUUUUUAAUUUUUUUUAAAAAAAUAAUUUUUUAAUAUAUCAAAAAAUUAAUUAUAAGACAAGUGAUGCAAUAUAAUUAAUGCUGACGUGACAAUGAGAUAAAAAUAAAAAUUAGAAGACAAAAAAUAAAGACUUCAAACCUAAGAGUUUAUUAAUAUUUAACCCUAAACUUUAAUUUUAUAUCUUCACCUCUGCGCCUCCUUCCUACUACCUAGCUCCUGACCAAGAAACCCUAAAAUCCCUUCAUCCAAAAAAAAGAACCCCUAAAAUCCCAUAACUUUCAACCCUUUAAAUUUAUCAUCGUUAUCCUCUGAUCUCCGUCCAUGGAGGAACCCAUAGUGGCGCCAGCAAUGACGGACUGUUCAAGGCCAUGGCCGAUUCGCAUAUCACUUUAUGAAUCGUUAAUUUAUGAUCCACCUGUGCGUAUUUGUCGGCCUCGUGCUACAGCUCUUUAUCGCCGUCCGUCUUACAACAUAGUUUUCUCUAUGUCAUUUUUCAAGCGUGGGAAGAAGGCUGAUUAUACCAAGUGGUAUAAGAUUAACGUUAAUACAGAAAGUAAUGUGAAGCUCGAGAAUGAGAUGUUAGAGAUCCAGCCGUUUUGGGGAGGAGAAGUUCCAAAAUUUGCUAGCUUUGAAGCCCUAGGCGGCGAUAUAUACUGCUUUGGUGGCAAAGGUCUCUGUGAUUACGGUCGAUCUUCGAUGAAUGUUUAUAAAUUAAGCACUAACUUUCCUACUGAUAGGUUGUUUCGGAUGCCUUCUAUGAAAAUUUCAAGAAUCCAUCCUCACUCUUUGGUGCUUGACGGUAAGAUAUAUGUUCUUGCCGGUCAUGGUGUUUACGGCCGCAGACCCGGACGAAAUGGAAAACUGGAUUUCGGAGAAGUCCCGGUUGUUGAGGUCUAUGAGCCCACCACGGGAGACUGGAAGACCUUGCCUCCUCCUCCAUUUCCUAUAGAAACAGACUAUAUUUGUGCAGCUCUUGAGAAUCCAAGCAGGAUUCUCGUUGCUUCACUUGCAGAAACUGAUGAACCAACUUUAGUGUUCUAUCAAUAUGACGUGAAGCAAGGUUGUUGGCAAAUGCUUGAGAAACCUGAGCGCAACUUACACUAUAAGUGUCCAAUUAGACAUGGAGGAAAGGCUAUCACUGUGGGCAACACUCUCUAUUGGGUAACUUAUGACACAAAGUUGCUUGCCUACGAUGUCCACCAGGACGAGUGGCUGUUGGGGAACCUCAAAGGUCUUGGAAUCUCCUUUCUUGAAUUCGAAUACGACGAGUACUGUCCUUUUAGUUUAAUCCAUUUAGCGGGUCUGAGAUUCGCCAUGGUUCAAUGCGUAUAUGAUAAUAAGGUUGAGGUUCAAUGUGUCAUAGUUGACGUCCAUCCGAAGCCCGAGCGUUUGGAAAUUUCAGUGGUGUCCGUCCACAAAUUUAAGACGGAGAGGAAUUCUCUCGUACAUAGUUGCUUUUUAGUGUAAUUCUCUUGCUUUCACAGAAUUGCUUCUGCAUUCCUAGCAAUUGAGGACAGUGGUUUGAUUCAGGGACAAGGACAAAGGCACAUCUAUUGCACAAAUGGAAAGGGCCACUCAUUAGCAUUUUAUGUUGGGUACAUGGAUGUUUUGUGGCAUAGCUGAGAAAGGGGUAGGUAGUGGGUGUAUGGAUUGCAUUGCAGCAUGUAAUUAGAUUUCAGCUGUGACAGCUUUUGUAAUUAGAUUUUGUUGGCUAAUUGUUGAAUCUCCUGCCACUAAUAUUUUUAUUAUGUCUACAUUCCGUCAGCUUUUGUAAUGACAGUCAGGGUGCUUUUGUAAGGUAUUCACCCAUGUUUUGUAUACAAACAGCUUUUUGUAA